GGAAGUGCCGCACAGUACCAGGGCUGAGCUUGUUGUUGUUGUUGCUCCGCGGCUUCAUGGCGACGCACUGACUGUCCCACUGUCUCUCAGCUGAGGACAGACUGUCCCUCGCUCCUGUGCUUUGUGACUCAGUGGAUUAAAAUGGCGUCGGUGACGUUAUUCUCCUUCCUGCUCGGCUGCGUCACUUUGAUCUGCGCAGCCGAAUCCUACCGGAAACCGAACAUAGUUCUGAUCCUCACCGAUGACCUGGACGUCGCCAUCGGGGGUUUGAGUCCACUCAGCAAGACGAGGAAACUGAUCGGAGACGCAGGGAUCUCCUUCUCUAACGCAUUCGUGGCCAGCCCGCUGUGCUGCCCGAGCCGAGCCAGCAUCCUGACGGGCAAGUACCCGCACAACCACCAUGUCAUCAACAACACGCUGGAGGGGAACUGCAGCAGCGCCGUGUGGCAGAAGAGCGAGGAGGGGACGACCUUCCCCGCUCUGCUGAAAUACUACGCCGGGUAUCAAACCUUCUUCGCUGGGAAAUACCUCAACCAGUAUGGGCACCCGGAGGCCGGCGGGGUGGAGCACGUUCCUCCAGGCUGGAGCUACUGGGUUGGACUGGAGAAAAACUCGAAAUAUUACAACUACACACUGUCGGUGAACGGGAAGGCUCAGAAACACGGAGCGGACUACAGCAAAGACUACCUGACUGACGUACUGGCCAACAUGUCUCUGGACUUUCUCCAGUAUAAAUCCAACUACCAGCCGUUCUUCAUGAUGGUUUCCACGCCAGCCCCCCACUCUCCCUGGACAGCGGCCCCUCAGUACCAGAGCAGCUUCAACACCACCAAGGCUCCCAGGGACCCCAACUUCAACGUCCACGGGAAGGACAAACACUGGCUGAUCCGACAAGCUAAGACCCCCAUGUCCAACUCCUCUGUUCAGUUCCUGGACGAUGCCUUCAGGAAACGGUGGCGAACGCUGCUCUCAGUGGACGACCUGGUGGAGAAAAUAGUGAAGAGGUUGGAGGUCAGAGGUGAACUGGACAACACCUACAUCUUCUUCACCUCUGACAACGGGUAUCACACGGGUCAGUUUUCUCUUCCUCUGGACAAGAGGCAGCUCUACGAGUUCGACAUCAAGGUUCCUCUCAUGGUCCGAGGACCAAACAUCAAACCCAACCAGACCACCCAGAUGCCGGUGGCAAAUGUUGACCUGGGUCCGACCAUCCUGGACAUCGCCGGCUACGACGUCAACAAGACGCAGAUGGACGGCAUGUCCUUCCUGUCCGUCUUGGAGGGGAAGGUGAACAGCAGCAGCUGGAGGACAGACGUCCUGGUGGAGUAUGAGGGCGAAGGAAGCAACGUGACCGACCCCUCCUGCCCCCUGCUGGGCCCCGGAGUGUCGGAGUGUUUUCCAGACUGUGUGUGUGAAGACUCCUUCAACAACACUUACGCCUGUGUGCGAACUGUCGCCCCCUCUGCCAACCUGCAGUACUGCGAGUUUGAUGACAACCAGGUGUUCGUAGAAGUCUACAACGUCACCGCUGACCCGUACCAGCUGACCAACAUUGCAGAUUCCAUCGGCCAGGACUUCCUGGAGAAGAUGAACCACCGGCUGAUGAUGCUGCAGUCCUGCUCCGGGCAGACGUGUCGGACGCCCGGCGUGUACGAUCCAAGGUAUAAAUUUGACCCUCGACAGAUGUUCACCAGUCACAGACUGAGAAAGAGGAUGAAGUGAGACGAGUGGAGGAAGGAGGGCCUUUCCCGUUGUCGUUGCCUUGUUUUUCGGGGCCUCCUGAGCCUGUCGCUGUUAAAGAUGGACGGUGAAGGGAUCCUACAGUGUGGUAAUCGGCGGGUUUCCACAGCGGAGGGGGGCCUGUGGGUGCAGGAGCCACUUUUUAACGCUCUCAGAUUGGGCUCCUGGUCAGUGAGUCUGUCAGUAGUUGUGAAGAAAGGCCAAAUUUUUAUUAGACAGAUUUAGUUUGACUUCUAAACCAAGGUUUUUUUCUCCGUUAUAUUCUUGUGAAACUUUGUUUUUAAUUAAGCAGUGAAUUACAAAAAGAUCCUGAGAAAAUCUUCCAGGUUUGAUUCAAUUCACUGGGAAUUAAAUUGUUUUGAAAGAGGAAAUUAAACAGGAGGUAAGUGACAUUUAAAGUUUAACUAAUGAGUCCUGUUAAACGUGAUCAAAUAGUAUUACUAAUAAUCUCGUUAUCUCAAGAUAAUUCUCGUAUCUCGAGAUAUGAUUUGUUCGUUAUUUCAGUGUCAACCAGCUCAGCACUUUCCUGGAAAUGUCUUUGUAACUUGCAGCUAAAUGCCAGUAAUUUCUUUUGCAAAGUUCGAAGAAAUCAUCUGGAAAGUACAGUUCCAAUACAAUGAGGAAAAGUCCCAAUUAGUGCAAAACAAAAGCAAACGUGCCUCCUGCAGAAAAUGUAACGUCAUCAACUGGCGGUUGAACAAAAAAGUGCCUAGAAAGAGACGCAGGUUGAAAUCCUACAUUAUAUAAAUUUAACAAACACUGAAGGAAACUUGAUUCUUCUUCAAUCAGAAAUCAAUGACAGGAGCUCAUCAAAUUAAAGAUCUCAACUGUUACACUGACAUUAGAUUUUUGGGAGUUAAGUUAAAAAUCCCAUUUCAUGACUGAAGCUGAGAGAAAAUCGCAUUUUAAACAUAUUCAUCAUUUCAAUGUAUUUUUCUAAACUGAAGUCAAUAUCAAUUUCAUGACUGAAAAAGUUGCAUAAACAGUCGUCACUUUUAAAUAUUUGUCUUUUUAAACCGUCGUGGUUCUGUGUUCUUAGUUCAUCCGCCUGCUCGUGUUUUACAUUUCAUACCGAAGCUAAUUAAUCCACAGUCGUCACCUUUAAUGGACAGAAAUCCAUGAAUUUAGGUAUUAGUAUUAUACAACAACUGCAAUAGUUUGAAGAAGCACUACACAAGUUCACAGGAUAAUAAUAUUAAAACCCUUAUUGGAUGAGCGAAGGAAGGUGUUAAAUUUCCUAAAUGUUGAACUUCAAGCUGCCUUGAGACGUUAAUUUGUGACUUUAUGUUUUUUAAAACACGGGCGAAUCUCUGCCGGUUUUUUAAACAUCCAACCAAAGAUUAAAUUUUGAGACUCGAGGGAAAAGGUGACGUCGUCUGUCGAGUUGUGUGCUUGUGACAUUUAUUUUGAAAAUCUGAAUCUUUUUUUUGUGUGUGAACUUUGUUGCUGCUGCUGUUGUUUUCAUGCAGCUCCUCUUUGCUCUGGACUGAAAUAUUAAAAUGUCACAACACAGAGAUUAAAGUCAUGAAUCAACAGGACUAAACUUUCUCACACUGCGAUUCAUUUUCCACGUUGUUUCACUUCACUGAUGCACUUUCCAAUCUGUCAGGACAGUUGUUUGUUUUGGCAACAUUUGGUUUUAUUUUUCUGUAGUUGAUGAAGAUGAUGUAUUUUUGCUUGUGUUUUGGUCCAAAUAAAGAAAUUCUCAAUAUCA